AUGUCUGCCGACGGCUCUUCCCCCGAGGCUUCUGCCAAGCAGGUCCUCACCGAGCGCGAGUUUGAGAUCCUCAAGCUCGCCUGGAGCUGCAUGAAGACUCCUCCCGAGAUCGACUACCAGAAGCUGGCUGCCGCCUGCGGCAUGACCAACCAUCGUUCUGCCUCCAACGCCUGGGGCUCCAUCAAGAAGAAAAUCUUCGCUGACAUGCCCCUCGCCGUCGACGAGGACGGCAAGCCCGCCGCGACCCCGAAGCGCAAGCGCGCCACCCCGGCCAAGAAGAAGGCUGCUCCCGCCACUGACGAGAACGAUGAGCUCGCCAACUCGGAUGGCGAGGAGAAGCUCGUCGUUGAGACUCCCAAGAAGAAGCGCAACACCCCGGCCAAGAAGAAGACCGCCGCUGCUGCUGCCGCUGCCGCCGGCGACGGCGAGGGCGCCGAUGACGAGGAGACUGCUCCCGAGACUCCCGCCAAGAAGAAGCGCACCCCCGCCAAGCGCAAGACCCCCGUCAAGUCCAAGAAGGCCGCCGAUGCCGCUGCCGCACCCGCCCCUGCUGAUGACGGCGAGGAGAAGGCUGAGACCGAGAACGCCGCCGACCAGGCUGCCGCUGCCGACGCCGCCGCCGAUGUCGCGAAGCUCGACGUCAAGGAUGAGGACAAGAAGAAAGAUGACAACAAGGAUGUCGACAUGGAGAACGGCGAGAACCCGGACGAGAUUUGA